AAAAAAAUAAAAAAUAAAAAAAAAUAAAAAUAAAUGAAAAUAAAAAUUUGUUAAUUGUGACUGCUGAUAAAAGUGACAAGACUGUGAUCAUUGAAAAAACCGUUUACAGAAAUAAGAUGUUGGAUUUGUUAUCAGAUUCGAAAGUGUAUAGGAAAAUAGGGAAAUGCUUGACAUUUACUUUACAAAAUAAAAACAACGCCCUUGUAAAAAAAUGGUUUCAGAACGAUUGGAUAGGCAAAUCCACAAUGCAGAGUUUAACAAUUCUAAAUGCAAUCCCUUGUAGAAUAUAUGGACUUGUAAAGACCCACAAACCUGGAAUGCCAUUGAGACCAAUAGUGAGCUCAAUAAAUAGCCCUUUUUAUAAUAUGUCCAAAUAUUUUGGCAAUAUAUUGGAAAAAGUAGUAGGUAAAACUGGCCGUACAGUCAAAAAUUCGUAUGAAUUUAUAGAAUUUCUAAAAAGCCAAAUUCUUCCUGAUGACUUCGUUUUAGCAUCGUUUGAUGUCGAAUCAAUGUACACAAAUAUUCCCAUAAAGUUAGCUUUGAACGUUAUCACGGAAAAAUGGCCACUAAUUGCCCUACAUACAACCUUACCCAAAGAGCAAUUCCCAGAGGGCAUUAGGGCAUGUUUAGACUCAACAAUUUUUAAGUUCGGAGAAGAUUGCUACAAACAGAUUAACGGACUAGCGAUGGGUGGACCGGUGAGUGCCAGUGUUGCCAACUUGGUUAUGGAAUAUUUUGAAGAAAAAAUGUUUGAAGUUUUUCCGUAUAAAAUGUUAUUUUAUAAGCGCUUUGCGGAUGACAUAAUUCUAUGUUGUCAUAAGGACGAUCUCAAUAGUAUUUACCAAUUCUUCAACAUGUUUUCGAGUAACAUUAAAUUCUCAAUUGAAUAUGAAGCCAAUAAUGCCAUAGCUUUCCUGGAUAUUCUUGUUAUAAAACAAGGGAGUAAAUUUGUUACAUCGUGGUUUACAAAACCUACUUUCUCGGGCAGAUAUCUGAAUUUUUUGUCUGCACAACCUCUCUCUCAAAAAAUCAAUGUAAUUAAGAAUUUGGCAAGACGCGUAUGCCUACUUACUCAUCCCAUGCUCCGCAAAGAAAAAAUAAGGGAAGCUAAAAAAUUGUUAUUUGAAAAUUGUUAUCCCAAGCACCUUGUCAACUCUAUAUUUGAGAAUGUAGUGAAAUUGUGUUAUAAUGGCUUUCCCCCUCCAAAAUUGUUCGAAAAAACCGAAUUUGUUGUAUGUCCGUACGUUUCCUCCUGCUCAGAAAAGAUUAGAUCCGUGUUAAAGCCGCAUGGCUACACUUUAGUCACUUCUAAUAAAUCAAAUUUACAAAAUUUCCAGUCUUGUUUGAAGUCAAAAAUCCCAACUGAAAAGCUGUCAGGAGUGGUGUAUGAGAUACCGUGUGGAGAUUGUCAAGGCGUCUAUAUAGGGCAGUCAUCCCAAUAUCUGCAUAAAAGGCUGGAUGGGCAUAAGUUUAAUCAACAUGAGGUUACAGCGCUAAAGCAACACAUGAGAGAAAAGGGUCAUUCCUUUGAUUUCAAUAACACCAGGGUGUUGAAGAGAGAGAAGAAUGAACAGAUUAGGUUGAAUUUGGAGGGGUUAUGUAUUUU